UCUGCUCUUUUUUUUAUUACUGUAUGUGUUUUCUAUGGGUAAUAUAAGAGCACAUUUUGCGUUAUCUCUGAACUUUAUUUUAGAUCUCAAAAUGAAAUGCGAAAGAGUUGUAGCUGUAUUGUGCUGCGUGUGGAUUUCGAGUCUAUUAACUGAAGAGGGAAAGCCGACUGGGAAGGAUAAAAUUGGGAAAACGGCGAAAUGUCUGGAGUGCAUAUGUGAGGCUGCAAGUGGGUGCAAUAUGACUUUAGGUUGUGUUUACAUGGCAGUAAGCGAUUACUAUUGUGGCCCUUACCAUAUUUCCUACAAUUAUUGGGAUGAUGCUGGUAGGCUUGGCGAAGAUCCUGACGACUCUGAUGAUUAUAAGAAAUGUUUGAACGACAAAUUCUGUGCUGGAAAGACCGUCCUAGGUUAUAUGGAGAAAUGGGGAACAGACUGCAAUGGCAACGGUAGGGUGGAUUGCGAUGACUGGGUGCGAAUUCACAAGACUGGCGCCGGCGAUUGCAAGGAUUCCUGGGUCACCACCACAUCUUAUUACAGACGAUUUGAUACUUGUUUCAAUAAAUUAUAAGAUACAUGAGA